AUGUCUCGUGGUACUAUUCGUUCAAACAGUACAAGACCUUUUUAUCGAGUUAAAGUGAUCAAUGGAAUAUGUUCUAAUACAUCAACAGAUGAAUUUGAAAAUACUCAUUUACUUAAUGUACUUAAUUGGUCACCAUUAGAAGAUUUAGUUAUCGAGAAACCAUUAACAAUAAUUAAAGAAGAUGAUGAAAUAAAAUCAAAAAAUUUCUAUAAUGCUGUACAACUUUCAAUUGAAUUACAAAAACGAAUGAUAAAUUUAAAAUCUACAUUCAUUGAUUCAUCUGGUCAUCUUAUAAAUUAUUCUGAAUUACGUCGAAGUAAAAUUUAUAAUGAUUUAUAUGAAAUGUCAAAAUAUUUAACAACAAUUAGUCUUGAUAAUGUUACAGAAAAUGAACGUAAAACAUUUUUUAUAAAUCUUUACAAUACAUUAACAAUUCAUGGUAUUGCAACCUUAACUGAUUUACCAAAAUCUGUAUUUGAUUUAAAUCAAUUUUGGAAAACAACAGCGUAUAAAAUUGGUUUACAUAUUUAUUCAUUAGAUGAUAUUGAACAUGGAAUUUUACGAGGUAAUAAACCUCAUUCAAAUUGUACACAACGACAUUUUACAUAUAAUGAUCCUCGUGCAAGAUAUUCUAUGCGUCGUUGUGAUCCACGUAUACAUUUUGCAUUGAAUUGUGGUGCACGUUCAUGUCCACAAAUAUCAAUUUAUUCAUCAACAAAUCUUGAAAAAGCUCUAAAUAUGUCAACAACAUCAUAUUGUAAUUCUGAAAUUGAUCUUAUACCAGAAAAUGCUGAAAUACAUUUAUCAAAAUUAUUUCUUUGGUAUAAAAAUGAUUUUGGACGAACAGAUGCAGAAGUUUUAAGAUGGAUAGCAAAUUAUAUUGACGAACCUAAACAAUCAUUACUUAAAACAAUACUUGAACAACAUGGUACAAAAGAUGGUAUACAUAUAUCAUAUAAAAUUUUUGACUGGAUGUUAAAUAAUCAUGAGGCUUUGAUAUCAAAUACAACUGAUGUUAAUAUUCAUCAAUAG